AAGGCGCGGCAACGGUGGGAGGCUCACUUCCUGGUUCCUUCCCCUCAGAGCGUGAAUGGGGGGGGGCAACGGAUGAGUAGAGUCGAGCUCUAGUAGGCUCCCCUCGGCAAGGAGCGCAGGGGCGUCGCGUGCUGGCUUUCCCGGCUGGUGGGGCGAAUGGAACGUUUCCCUGGGCGCUGGAAGGUCGAGCCAGGAGGCGCGGGCCGCUGGCAGAGCGGGGGUGGCAGCAGCAGCAGCAGCAGCAGCAGCGAGCGCGUUGCUUCAUCAUUAACCUGGGAAUGGCCAACUUCUCCCCAGUCAAGAUGCAGAGGAUCAAAGGCUCCUUGGUGAUGGUAUCCUCAUCAGCCCCAGAAGCUAGAUGGCCCCCUUCUCCCCAUCCCCCAGCUAAAGACCCUAGUGGUAUCCUGGCAGCUAGAUCCGAGAAUGGACAUUAUAGUCUAUGAUGAUUACUCCAAUCCACCGCUUCAGAGAUAUUGAGAGGACACCAGAAUACCUUCAGCCGGACAAGUGUGUUCCACCUCCCAGCCACAGUUCUUCAGGAACAAUGUGGUUUAUUCGUGAUGGCUGUGGUAUUGCCUGCGCAGUCAUCACGUGGUUUCUGGUCUUCUAUGCUGACUUUGUAGUCAUCCUUGUUAUGCUGCUUCCAUCAAGAGACUAUAUUUACAGUGUAAUCAAUGGAGUAGUUUUCAACACAUUGGCGUUCCUGGCUCUGGCUUCACAUAUGCGAGCUAUGGUAACAGAUCCAGGUGCAGUGCCCAAAGGUAAUGCCACAAAAGAGUUCAUAGAAAGUUUACAGCUGAAGCCUGGACAAGUAGUUUACAAGUGUCCAAAAUGCUGUAGCAUCAAACCUGACAGAGCACAUCACUGCAGUGUUUGCAAGAGGUGUAUACGGAAAAUGGAUCACCACUGUCCAUGGGUCAACAACUGUGUAGGAGAGAAUAACCAGAAGUACUUUGUACUGUUUACAAUGUAUAUAGCACUUAUUUCUCUGCAUGCCCUGAUCAUGGUUGGAUUUCAUUUCCUGUAUUGUUUUGAAGAAGACUGGACAAAAUGCAGUUCGUUCUCUCCACCCACUACUGUGAUCCUUCUUAUCCUCUUGUGUUUUGAGGCUCUCCUCUUUCUCAUCUUCACAUCUGUAAUGUUUGGAACGCAAGUGCACUCCAUCUGCACUGAUGAAACGGGCAUAGAGCGUCUUAAAAAACAGGAACCAACGUGGGAAAAAGUCAGCAGCUGGGAAGGGAUGAAACUGGCUUUCGGGGGUGAACUUUCACUGCGAUGGUUUAAUCCUUUCUCAGACCUGAGUUGCAAGAAGGCUCCACCAGCUGGUUCAGCAACAGUUGCACCAUCUGAGAUGGUGAUCCAGGAAGCUUUCGAACGGCUUUCUGAUCAAGAAGUGAUUGUGGGAGUGUUAAAUGAAUAAUGUCAGGUGCCCUUGCAGAUACCAAUAUAUUUUUGUAACUCAUGCACUUGAGCCUUAGCUUUAAGAGACCAUGACGCAUGAAACCAUUGAGGCUUCCCCAUUUCUUCAGUCAAGAACCUCACUUAACAAACGCAAUGCAACUACAUUCCUAUGAUGAUGAUCUGCUGAUGAUGGUGAUUAUUUAACUGAGCUUCUGUAACUUGUCAUAUGGAAACAUUAACAGGUUGUCUAAAGUUGACAAAAAAAAGGUGUAAUAAGAAUGCUGCUUCAGAAGAAAACCGCCAAAUUUACCUUAACUCCUAGUCAUCCACCAGGUGUUGUGAUGAGCUCUCGUAAGAUGUAGAGACUGGCCAGGAAAAUAGUUUCAAAGACAAAAAUCCAAGUAUUGGACUCUGGGAGACCAUUGAAACCUUAUUUUUAUUCCUACUCAUCCCAUUGAGCAUUUGUGCAAGUUUGUGGGUCCCUCCAGAAGAAUUAAUGUUCUAUAAAUUACUGUUUUUGCCACAUUUGUGACAAAAUAACUACAAAAAGUGUAAUGGCCACUUUUUCUUUUUGGGUGUGUGUGCAAAACUAGUAUUACAGAUAAGCUUUUGAUAGGAAAAACGAUAUAGGCAGCAGUAGAUAAACUAUUCUGGGUGUUGAUCUUUUACAGUUUGGAAUCUGGCAUUAGAGCAUUUACUUAGAGAUGGCCCAUUGAUCUCAGUCUAUUUCAAAGAGUUUUCCACUGAGUACAGGCUUGUGGCUUGUUAGUGCAAUUCUUAAAAUCUCUGGCUCCUGUUGGAAUUGUAGCUGCAGCCUGGUGUAUAAAGUUGAAGGCCAUUGCACAUUUUUAUGUAAAAUGUGUUUGUGGGCAUGGUUAUCACAGUGAUUUGGCUGAUCACAUGAAUGGCAAAGCCAUGAGUGAAUAUUCUUUUGAAUAUUCAAAAGGGGACACUUAACUUCAGUAUUAAGUCCUGUCUUUAAUAAAAGCAGAGAAUGUUACCUUGGGAAUAUUUCAGAACCCAUUGAAUAGUCUGGGGACAACAGAUGGUGCAGCAUUGUUGAAGCUGCACAGGCAUGGACCUCGGUUGAGGACACCAUUGGGAGGUAUAUGUAAGAACAUGUGAUACAUGUAAUAUAUUUGAAAAAACAUAGAAACUUAUCUGGAAGCAAAGGCUUAAUAUAGAGCUGAAUGGGUUCUUCAAUUUUGGGUGGGGAUAGCUCUGUGAAGGAUGAACUAGGAUCUAAAGAACUGUGUGACUUUCUCUGUGUCCAGGAAAGCUUUGGGUUUGUGUUGCUUUAACUUUUAGCUCCCACCUCCCCAUAUGGCCUGGCAGUGAUGUGCUAUUGAGGAAGGGGGGGGGUUGAUGCCUAAAGAAUUACUUAUAAAAUAUAAUUAAAAUAUAAUUACUUUAAAAACUGGAAGCUAAUUUUCUGUAUAUCAAAAAGGGAAUUAAAAAGCUCCCCCAGGUUCUUGUUGUUUGGGAACUAGGAGAGAAAGAGAUUGUGGGCCUGAAUUAGGGUUAUCUAGUAACUCUCUCUGUGUGUGUACCUUUUAAACUCCCUGCAAGAACAGUGGUUGCUCCUGCCCAUUCUUUUCUGCUCAUUUUGGCCUUCCCUCCUCCUCCCCUGCCUACAGAAAUGAGCUGGAUUCUUUGUCAUAUGAUGCUGUCUUAUCUGGAGCCAGCCCAUUUAGCCCAGUAUUGUCUAGUCUGACUGGCAGCGACUCUUCCAAGAUUUCAGGCAGAGAUCUUAUUUAUCACUUGCUACCUGAUCCUUUUUUACUAACAAUGCCAGGGAUUGAACCGGGGUCUUCUGCAUGCAAAGCAUGUGCAUCUACCAUUGAGCUACAGCUCUUUCCCACUUGCAGAUGACAGGUAGGCAGACAAAAAAGGGGGGAAUAUGCAGGAGCAGUUGUACCGACCCAGUCUCUUGCUUUCAUAAGUGAAUGAAAAGGAAAAUGCAUGGCCUCCAGAUUGCAUCUUGACAGCCUUAAGAUAAAUACCUGCUUGGUUCUAAAGCGGUAUAUUAUUUUAGAAGGGAUAAUAAGGGAAGCUAUAUAAUUGAUGGAAGGGGAGAAAUGUAGUUUUAUAGAUGGAAAUUGAUAAAUAUAUGCCUGUUAAAAUGGCAGCUGUCAAAAUAUUUGGGAUUCCACAAUAAAUAAUAUGCGAGUGCCUAACUGAAAGCACAGAGAAGAAGCUGAGGACUCGGUGCAAAAACCACAGACGAUCAUGAAUGUCCUGUCCUUAGGCAUGUGGAAUUCCGUUCAGACAAGAUUAAGUGUAAAAGCAUCAGCCGAAUGUGGUGGAUGGGUUUGCUACAGUUAUUCUUGGCAGUCUUUCCUGUUACAUGACAAAGUUUGCAACUGUUUUCUUGUUGGGAGUUGUAUAUUUUUUUAUAAAAUAAGUCUCUUGAAUUUGAAUAUUGAAUAUUCUUUGAGAUUGUUGACAACCUAUGUAUACAUCAAACAUGUAUACAUGUUUGCCAGCUUCAUUGUCAAACAGAUGGGGAAAUAUAAUAGCUUGCUACUCACUGUGAUUCAUGACGCAUAUAAAUUUAAUAAAUAAAUGCUGAUUGUCUGAGGGGAACAUCACACUUGGUUCAGUAACCCAUACUUUUUCUACUAGGAGGCUCUCCACUGACUUCAGUAAAGCAUCCACUGGCAUAAGUGCCUAUCAGAGCUCUAAUUUUAUUGGCCUAAUAGUGUGGUGUAGUGGUUAAGGUGUUGGACUACGACCUGGGAGACCAGGGUUUGAAUCCCCACAUAGCCAUGAAGCUCACUGGGUGACCUUGGGCCAGUCACUGCCUCUCAGCCUCAUGAAAACCCUAUUCAUAGGGUCGCCAUAAGUCGGAAUCGACUUGAAGGCUGUACAUUUUUAAUAGUCCUGAGUUUGGUGAAUAAAUCAAGCAACUCAGAGUUAUGUGAGGUCUUCAUAAGAAUUGCUGCUCAUAACAUUUUUAGAAAAUGCAGCAUUAGUGCAAAUUAUUCACAUUCUUUACUUCACCAUUUAUGUGGCAUGGGGAAAAUACUUCAGAAUUGCCUUUUGAAAUGGACUAUGUUUAUAUUGUGUGCUUCAUGAGGGGAUUAUUAUGGUUAUUUUUAUGAAAAAUAGAAAUGGCAAAGCAUUUUUGCAUUCAAAAGUACUGUAGAAGAUUAUAAUAGUGACUAUGACACAUUUGGACACAUUGUCAAGGAGAAAAUCAACCUUUAAACUUAAGAGAGAAUUGCCUAACAAUGGGCAGAUUUCUGCUUUGCCAUUGCCUAUAUAAGCAGGGUGAAGAAAGAGACUGGUUCUCAAAGGCUUGGAUCCAAAGGUGGUGUUCAGUGAGUGGAAGGUACUUUGGUUUGCACAAAGGAGGUCCCUAACUUUUGACAACUUCUUGCCCAGUCCCCUAUGCCAUAUGCCAUUCUAGUCCAGGGGGUCCCCAAACCCUCAAAAGAUUUUGGGGUGGGCACCAGGGGAAUGAAGGGGGGGAGCAAGAGAGCCCUUUUCUGUGGGUGGCACUCAGUUGUGUUCUCCAAAUGGAAGUUAGGAUCCAAGCCAUGAUGGCAUACAUAUGUGGUGACAUAUAUCUGUUGAUGGCAGAGGUUUUGCUGUGUCCACCCCCACCUCCUAUUGGUCAUUUACCCUAGGGAUAGCCAACAUGGUGUCCUCCAGAUGUUAUUGAAUUCCAACUCCCACCAGCCCCAGCAAGCAUGGCCAGUACUCAAGGAUAAUGGGAGUUGUAGUCCAGCAGCAUCUGGAGGGCACCAUGUUGGCUAGGCCUGAUUUACCUUAUACCAGUGGAUUUCCAUUGUGUUCCUGUCGCCUUUUUUCUAUGACUAGCUGAAAUCAGUGAAACGAGAAAAAUCAAGGAAGAAAUACAAAUGGGGAGUUCGUUGAAACAUUUUUGUUGUAGCUAUACUCUCCUACAUUGAAUAAAAGUGCCUUAUUUGGGUCCAGGCAAAUUUAUAAAGCUGUAUGUGGCAGAUUGAGACCAAAUGAUUUUACAGAAUGCCAAGGCUAAUAGACUAUUAACUAAAGCUUCUAAUUUCACAUCUUCCCCCUCUAAAAAAAAAAAAGAAUUUCAACACUGCUGUGAUCUUUUAGCAGAGGGCUUUUUGGGCCAGGACCUAAGAAGAUACUUCAAACCAAACAGCUUCUUGAUCUAGGAUUCAUUGUUUACAUUUCUAAGUAUAUUGCUGCCUAUUGUGAUUAAUUCCAUUGAAGCCAACAGAACAGCCUGCCUUAAGUAAAGUAUAUAAGUAUUUGCACAAGCAAGACCUCAGAGUUGGAGGAAGGAAAUGCUCUAGUGUAUUAAGCUUAUCAUGUACUAUGGUAUUGUGCAACCAACUAUCCUGUGUUUGUUUCAAAGCAACAGUAUGUCUUAAACAAGGAAUGCAACUGUUCUGGAAACAUGGUUGGCUGAAGGUGCUGUAGUUCAAAGGCUUUAAUAAAAGAUGGUCUGUAGCCUAGCAUGCAGGGAAAUAUUCUAGAAUUUCAAUUAGCAGUUUGGGGGCUGUACACUGGCCUAUCCUAUGCAAUUACAGAGUAUAUACAUUAAGAAAUCCUUGUGUUCUAUUUUUGCUCUUUGUAUCUCAUUUUCUGACUUACACUGCAUAAUGGUACUUAUUAAAGAAUCAAUAUUUUCAUCUCA